AUGACACCUCCAUAUGGACUCGCUCCUUCUUCAAAAGUCGCAGCGACCCUUCCUGAGUACUAUGCGCCAGUUACCUCAUCACUGGGUGGCAUCUAUCAAAAUCUCAAUGACCUCGAGACUCUGUUGCCCGAAGAGUCUGUUGAAAACCGUACCCACCAACCUCGAUACUUGCAAGACUGUAUACAUGACCCAAUGAUCACCGGAUCAACCCCUCAGGACGAUCAGGCACCCGCCGCUGGGACGAGGGAGAGAGUGAAUGUGGCACUACCUCCAAAGGCUUCUCUCAUAUCUACGUCAGAAUACUCUGCUGACACUCUUGAUUCGUCAUCCGCCAAGGGGAUGUUUAGAAAUGACAUGAUCCGUGCGGACUAUGGCGUAAAUAACACCUUGACUCAAGCACUAUGGAAUAACAAAAAUAUAUUGUCGCCAUCCUCCUCCGUCCUUCAUCAACAGCAAUUUUCUUCUGACAAUACUCAAAUGUCCACUAUUAUCGCUCCUGAUGCCCAGAUCAGCUCCAAGCGCAACAUGAAACGGUUGACGACGGAAUACGUUUCGACGAGAGGUGUGACUCAGCACCAUUUCGAACAUGCCAUGGGUCCCACUUUCACGGGGAACGUGAACCUAAAGCGGUAUCAGACCCCUGGCAGAACUACUUACAGCCUCGAGCAUACUGGGCCAUUGCAAGAUGUUACAAUCUGGCCUACUGAUGAGCCUGAACCCGGUCGGUCAAACAUACAAGUACAGUGGAGCUGCUCACUCACUUUGGAUUCGAGAAAUCUUACAGCAGUACCCCAGGUAGAUGAUGAGGGUUCUCUGACAGUCCAAAGCAUCGCCCAAAACUCAUCCAACCCUUUUAAGCCUGUCAAACCUAAAAGUGGGAAUGGUACGGUCUUAUACAAGAUGAGGAAAGCUUUCAUGGAUGAGAUAGGGGCUCAGAUGUCUAGUGCCAAAGCCACCAAGAUACCUACCUCCAUAAUCAGUUUUGAACGCUCAGUGAAUAGAGUGAUGGGCUAUCAAGGGAGUAUCACAAGUAAGGCUGGAUCAAGAGGUAGACAAACCAAGUUGACCGUACCACUUCAAGUCGAGGUUAGUUUAGCUUUUUCGGCGAAGUCAUAG